AUGUCGGCAUAUCCAGUUGCCUACAAUGGCUCGACUGAUGGGACGGGGGGUGAUUCCCUAACGGAAGACCUUAACAUCUAUUACAGUUCUGGUGAUAUUGCUUGGGUGAUCACUUCCACGGCUUUGGUGUUAUUGAUGAUUCCGGGUGUCGGGUUUUUCUAUUCCGGUCUCGCUCGACGCAAGUCGGCCUUGUCGCUUAUAUGGCUGUCGAUAAUGUCGGUCGGGGUGGUAUCAUUUCAAUGGUUUUUCUGGGGUUAUUCGCUGGCCUUCUCCCACACUGCUGGAAGUUACAUUGGGGAUUUGCAGAACUUUGGUAUGAAGGGCGUUUUGGGAGCUCCUUCUGUUGGCAGCACUAAAGUGCCGGACCUUUUGUUUGCCGUCUUCCAGGGCAUGUUCGCUGCUAUUACGAUGGCCCUUACUGUCGGUGCCGUCGCUGAGCGCGGUCGUAUGCUUCCUUGCAUGGUCUUCAGCUUUAUUUGGACCACCGUCAUCUACGAUCCGCUUGCUUGCUGGACGUGGAACUCGUCUGGUUGGGUCUUCAAACUAGGAGGUCUCGAUUUCGCCGGUGGUACCCCAGUUCACAUCGCAUCUGGGUCUGCCGCUCUUGCCUACUCUCUCAUGCUUGGAAAGCGCCGUGGUCAUGGCACUCACGAGCUCAACUACCGGCCUCAUAAUGUCACCCACGUGGUCAUCGGCACUGUGUUUCUCUGGGUUGGAUGGUUUGGUUUCAAUGCAGGUUCCGCGUUGGCUGCCAACCUGCGCGCUGUGAUGGCGGCUGUUGUCACAAACCUGGCUGCAUCUGUCGGCGGUGUCACCUGGUGCAUCCUAGAUUACCGACUUGAGAGAAAAUGGUCCAUGGUGGGUUUCUGCUCCGGUGCAAUUGCGGGUUUGGUUGCCAUCACGCCAGGCUCUGGAUUCGUCACGCCUUGGGCGGCUUUCAUCUUCGGAGUGGUCGGCGCUGUCGCCUGCAACUAUGCCACCAAGCUGAAAUAUGUGAUUCGCAUCGAUGAUGCUCUUGAUAUCUUCGCCGUUCACGGUAUCGGCGGUCUCGUUGGUAAUCUCUUGACUGGUAUCUUCGCAGCUGACUACAUUGCUCACCUCGAUGGCUCCACCGUCAUUGAUGGUGGAUGGAUUAACCACAACUACGUCCAGCUGGGCUACCAGCUUGCCGACUCUGUCUCAGGCAUGGCCUACUCUUUCUUCGGCAGCUGCAUAAUCCUCUUCCUGAUCAACUUGAUCCCUGGUCUUCACCUGCGCAUCUCUGAGGAGGAUGAGAUUCUGGGCACUGAUGACGCCGAGAUUGGUGAAUUUGCUUAUGAUUAUGUCGAAAUCACCCGCGAUAUUAUCACCGGUACCAGCCCGGAACACGCCGAAAGCUCCUCCAAGCGCAGUAUCACACCGGCUGGCAAUGAGGAGUCGGUAGAAACGAAGGCCUGA